AUGGCCCCUCCAGUUGCCAUAGCAGCAGUCUCCUCCUCUGCGUAUUCCUCCCUGAGAACCUGGCACCCCUGCAGGAGGACAAAACCCUUCUACUCCAUCGUCCACCACCAGCGGACCUCCCGUGCACCUCUACCCGGGACCAAGGCUCUUUGCCCCGGCCACUCUGCUAACCGCGUUACGCUGCACCUCCGGAGCUCAUCACACGUCUCUCCCCGGAAUCGGAGGCGUGCUCAGCGGACUGCACGGGUUCCAAACACCAGGAGCCUGUGGAAAUCUGUGGGGGUCGCCUGA